AAGAAAUUUUAUGCCAUAAAAACGUUCAGAAGCAUCAAAAUCAACUUAUUAAUUUUAAACUCCUUUUUCUCGAAAUCGUAUUUUUGAAACGUAGGUCCCUAUUAACUUUCUUUCAAAUAUUUAAACACUAGAUUGUUUAAAAGUUUAACCGCAACAACGCUCACAACGAAAAAUACUGGAUUAAUCCGUUAUAGUUUACUUUAUGGUAAACUAUCGAAUCUAACCCACAAUCUAAAAUUUUUGUACGUCACAGAUAAAGAAAUUAGCGAUUUCAAAAUCAAAAAAAAAUAUAGAGAGGGAAACAUUUUUAAAAAAGAAAUUGGCAUUACUUAAUCAUCGUACAUUCUCAGAAUCUCCGGAGGAGAAAGAAAAUAACAGAAAAUCAAAAUUAGGAAUCAUGAAACCUCUUUCGAUUCCUACUCGUAGACUGGAGUUUGAUGCAAUCAGUCUAGGUGAAGAAGUUUCUGAUUCAAUGGAUGACGACAAACAAUGCUCUGUAAAAAAAGUUAGUCACACAUCUCCUAAGCAAAAGAACCCUCUUCGUGCUUCUGAUACUGAUUCAGGGAAUAAGAACAAUUACUUUACCUCAAGAAAAAUUGACGACAAUUUAUUAGAUGAGAAACGUAGUUCAGUUUCAAGAAAUCGUGAGAUAUCUAAUUCUUUAGGAUCUUAUGAUGCUUUCGCUUCAGAAUUGGUAACUGAUGAAAUGCUUAAUGCUAUAGAGAAAUCUGGGAAUUCCAAAUUGAAGAACCUUGCACAACUAGUAGAUUAUUCUGAUUCUGAUCUCUCAAUACAGGAUAGUUCUCCUCAAAAGCAAAGGAAAAGAAAAAAUUUUAAUUUCCAAGCAAGUCGUAAUUAUACAAAAUCAAAUGACUCAAGGGAAUCUGAUUUUUCGAUAAAUGAUAGUCCUCCGCCAAAACAUAUGAUGGAAAAACAUUCACACUCUGCAAGUCAUAAUUAUCGAAAGACUUUUAGUCCAGCUCCUAAAGCUUCAAACGAAUGUGAUUCUUGGGAAAAUGAUAGUCCUCCGCCAAAGCAUAUGAUUGAAAAACAUUCACACUCUGCAAGUCAUAAUUAUCAAAAUACUUUAAGUCCAGCUCCUAAAGCUUCAAGCGUAUCUGAUUCUUGGGAAAAUGAUAGUCCUCCGCCAAAGCAUAUGAUUGAAAAACAUUCACACUCUGCAAGUCAUAAUUAUCAAAAUACUUUAAGUCCAGCUCCUAAAGCUUCAAGCGUAUCUGAUUCUUUGGAAAAUGACAGUCCUCCGCCAAAACAUAUGAUGGGAAAAAUUUCACACUCUGCAAGUCAUAAUUAUCGAAAUACUUUAAGUCCAGCUCCUAAAGCUUCAAGCGUAUCUGAUUCUUUGGAAAAUGACAGUCCUCCGCCAAAACAUAUGAUGGGAAAAAUUUCACACUCUGCAAGUCAUAAUUAUCGAAAUACUUUAAGUCCAGCUCCUAAAGCUUCAAGCGUAUCUGAUUCUUUGGAAAGUGAUAGUCCUCCGCCAAAGCAUAUGAAGAGAAAACUUCCACACUCUGCAAAUCAUAAUUCUUAUCAAAAGACUUUAAGUCCAGCUCCGAAAGCUUCAAGCGAAUCUGAUUUUUCGAUGAAUGAUAGUCGUCAACCAAAGCAAAUGAAGAGAAAACAUUCACUCUCUCAAGCACGCAAGAAUUAUCGAAAUAAUUCAAAACCAUCUCGAAAAGCUUCAAGUGAAUCUGAGAUUGAAGUUGAUAGUAUGUCUUCUGUUGCUGAGAAGCCCGGUACUUCCAAAUCAUCUCAGUUAAAAAAGAAAAAGAGGCACACAAAUUCGCAAUCUAGUCUUACGUUUCGCAAAGCUUCAAAACGAUAUAAAAUGGAUUCAGAACACUCUGGUGGUUCCGAUAAUGACGUUAAUGAACAAAAUGAUGAACUAGAAAAGUUUGCUAUUGUUUCAAUAAGAACUGAAAAUAAUAGGAAGGUUGAAAAGAUUCAUUUGGGACACGAUGUUUUUAUCAAACAUGAAUCUUGGAAAUUAAUACAAAAAGAAAAAAAAGAUUCACUUUAUGUGAAAAACUUAGCGACUUGCAUAUGGACUCGUCAGAAACUGGCUAAUAGGUGUGUGGAGUACUCAGAAGAUCUUAUAUCAAUUCCAAAUAGGUCGCCAAGAAAAUUACUGACACCUAAAAAGAUGAAAGUAGUUGAAGGAUGCUUUAAAAAGUAUAUAAAUAAGAAGAAUGAAGCUAAAAGGUUGAGCAAAAUGAAUUAUUAUGUGAGUCAGCAGAUUGGUUAUCUCAGAAGAACCCUGUAUCCCGAAACGAUCAGAAGAAAGAAAAUACCAGAAGCCUCUUUCUGUAGCAGUGUGGCCUAGCGCUUCGAAUUAUUAUUAUUAUUAAUAUUAAAAUUAUAAUUAAUUUUGAUUAAUUAUAUUUAUUAUUUAUUUUUUUUUGAUUAUUAAUUAUAUUAUUAAUUAUAUUAUAUAUAUUAUUAAUU